UUAAGGUAUACAGAGGGCGAUUUCCAUCACCUGAAGCGUUCUAAGAUUGACAAGUCAGUACCACGGCAGUAUUCCCUAGGUGCUAGGACCUGGGUUGAUGAAGCAGCACUAAGGGCUAGUAUAGAAGAACAGUUGCGGAAGGUUGAGGAAAAGGCACGCAGAGAGUCCCUGCCAAUACUUGACCUAAACAGCUCACUGUCACCAACACUGAAACCUAUAAGAACGCAGGUAGCAGUGGAAAUACACCAUCAACAAACUAUUAACAAGUUAGAUGAAAGAAAAGGUGUCCAAGAAGCAGGUGAAUUUAGAAAAGAUUUAAGACCACACCCACCUCAAAGUCUUCGAACAAGUCCUGCCCAAAAAUACUCACAUAGUUUGGAGACGGUUAGCCCGACGACACAGAAAAUGUACAGAGAGACAAGAAAAGUUAAAAGUUAUGAGGACUUUGCUGAUUAUGAUGUACUAAAGAUAACAGAGUUUUCAAAGGGACCUUUUUAUAAUACUGACUAUGAUGUGAUAUCAGAGUUAGGUUCUCCAAUGUCAUCUAAAGUACGAUACAAUGACACAGGAAGUCUGGAACAAUUAAACGAGGAGCAAGUAGUGUAUCUAAAUGACCUUGACCUUGAAGGAAUCAUGCCAGAAGAGAGUGACGACACAGAGACUCUUAACGGCACCCAGAAAUAUCGGGAACUUUGGAACCUUCGAGCUACAUUAGAGGACGAGGAUGAGUGCAGUGACACAAUAAGAAUGGAGGACAUGACAUCACCUGAAGAAUCACCUGAACAUGAGCAAAUUACACCGUACACUACUUCAUUUGAGUCCAACACAGAGGCUCCCAGUGAUGUUGGGGUAGGUGAUCAGAGAGAUAACAGUAUUCAGUGGGAAGGAGCUGGUCGAACCUCCUCAAAGAAUCUUCUUCAUCCAAACUAUGAAAAUAGACGUCAGAACUACAGAAACAUUUUAACCAAGAGGUUACAGAAAGCUGGCCCCAAUACAAGCACUGAAAAUAGUUUUGAUAGUGUGGAAACUGAUGGAGAUGUAUCGGACACUAGUCGCUAUGAAGUCACAACAACAUCUUUCGAGUCAACGACAGACAACACCGACAGUACGACAGAGAGCCAACAGAGCAAGUUAAGGCAAAUGAAGGCAGAUAGCGGGUACAAGUCAUUAGAAACACAGGGUUCGACUAAAGAAAAUGCAGAUGUGGAGAAGGAUACAUCCCCAGGAGCUCCCUGUCUUGAAAUCUCACCACCAAAAUCUCCCCUUAAAUCCCUCCAUAAGUCUCAACAAAAACCAACACAAACUUCCACAGUUCAAGACCUUAAACCUGGAAGCUUGGAAAGUCCAAAACAUGCCCAAAAGCGAUCGGGGCAUGCAUCCCAUUUUGAUCGCAGAAAUGGCAAAACGGCAUCAAAAAAGAGGCGUGCCUACAGUCGCGAGAGGCAGAUGGUGCGUGUUUAUGAAAGUAUAAAUGAACCAGAGACAGAUUCCAAGUCAGAACUUGCAUCAGGAGACAGUUUUGAAGAUAAUACAGUCCCAAGUAAAAUUUCAGUUUUUAAGAGAUUUUUUAAGUCUCACUCACUGGAAACACGUGAAAAAUAUUUAUCAAGGGAUUAUAGCAUUGAUGAAACUACAAACAAUAUUUUUAAUGACUUUAUCCGCCAGGAGCCACAUGACACUAGACUUGGUGCACGGCGUUCCCCACGCUUGCACUAUCGGCACAGGUUGCAUCGUAAACACACAGAACCUGUUAUAGGGGAUGAUAGGAGGCGUGACAGACUCGCACCAGAUAUGCGCAGUACCAGCCUAGGCAGUGAUAGUAGUGCUAGUUCAGUACGACGACUCUCGCCCCAAGACAGUAUCGAAGAGGAGGAUUUUGAAGAGGAACAAUCUGUAGCCUGGUCUUGUAGAGACAGGCAGUUUAGUCCUGAGGACUCAAAUCAACAACAAGCCAUUCAUGGAAUACCUAUCAUUAGACUUCCUGAAGAGGAACCAGAGGAUUUGUAGCCGACACAUAGACUAUAUGAUGUAAACAUACAUCAUACAUACAUAUGUAACAUUUUCAUCAUGAGUAUUUCAUUUCAGGUAGAUAUUUCCCUAUCCCUAAGUACAAGACUUCAGUUCUCAUACUUCAGUGUUAGUAUACACACACCCUUGACAUCUUAGGAUUGCACAUAUCAUGGAGAGUAAGAAAAUGCAUUAAAUUAAGUUCUCCUACACCUAUAAACAGACAUGCGCACACACACACACACAUACAUGUGCACACACACACACACACACACAUACAUGCGUACACACACACACAUACAUGCGCACGCACUCUUGACUACAGUAUUAUGAUGUUAUGUUAGAAACAUAACAGGUAUAUGUGUUUCUGUUUUUGUCCUUUUAAAUUUUUAAAUCUACAAGACAUUCAUUGACA